CCCGGCCCUUCUUUCCCUUGCAGCCUGCGGCGGGAGGGCUACACGGUGCAGGUGAAUGUCAACGACUACCUGGACAUCUACUGCCCGCACUACAACGCCUCGGUGCCCGAGCACCGGCUGGAGCAGUACGUGCUGUACAUGGUGAACGCGGAGGGGUACCGCACCUGCAACACCAGCCAGGGCUUCAAGCGCUGGGAGUGCAACCGGCCCCACGCACCCCACAGCCCCAUCAAGUUCUCAGAGAAGUUCCAGCGCUACAGCGCCUUCUCACUGGGCUACGAGUUCCGUGCGGGGCAGGAGUACUACUACAUAUCCACGCCAACACACAACCACCGCCGGGCCUGCCUGAAGAUGAAGGUGUUUGUCUGCUGCGCCUCCACGUCGCACUCCGGGGAGAAGCUGGCGCCUACCCUGCCCCAGUUCACCCUGCGGCCCGAGGUGAAGAUC